UUAUAUUAAAAUUUAAAAAUAAAAAAUAAAGAAUGAGUUUUAUUGCGAGACAAACUUUAUGGCAAACGUGAUAAUUAUUGUAAGGAAUCCAUAAACUUAGCCUGAUUAUUAAAAAGGAAUACUUUAUGUGUCAAACUUCUAUAUAUCCCUUUUUUCCCAUUUAUAGGUAGUUACAAGAAUUACCAAAUUAAACUUCAUGCAAUGGAAACACAGAGUCAUGAACCACUUCAGAAUCCACAAGAAAUUGAGAAACACAGCACUUAUGAAGAAGAAAAACAGGUAAAGCUAGAUAUUUCAUUGAAUCCGAAUGUUCCUAACAACUAUUGUGAGUCCAAUCUAGUCACCACAGAUGAUUCUUCUACUACUUUGUCAGAUCAUUGCACUGGCGGCUCCAAAUCUUCUUCAGAGCCACGGUUUUUCUCUUGCAAUUACUGCAAGAGAAAAUUCUAUAGUUCACAAGCAUUGGGAGGACACCAAAACGCUCACAAGAGUGAGAGGUCAAUUGCAAAAAGAGGACAUAGGUUUAUAGGAACACACAUGAUGCUGUCACCAACAGGAACAACCUCAUUUUCUCAGAAUCAUUUUCACCAUAGUUAUGCAAAUAUGGCAUCUUUACUACCACUUCAUGGUGGUGCUAAUAGCAAUACUUUUAGACCACUUGGAAUUAAGGCUCAUUCUAUGAUUCAGAAGCCUUUUCAUAACUUUUCAUCCAAUGGAUUUGGAAGCACUUAUUAUGGAUAUAAUGGUUGGUCAAGACCACUUAUUUUGAAUCAACAACAUGGAAUAGGAAAGUUAGCUAUGGAAACUUUCAAGGAAACGGGGUUAUCAUCACAUGACAGUGUUGGUAGAUUCAAAAGUGUUGAAGAGGACAUGGUGAAUCCAGGAACUCGUUUGAGUUUGAAGAGUAAUCAGGAAGAGGUGAAGUACCUUGACUUAUCCUUAAAACUCUAAGCAUGUGUUCUUGUAGUAUAGAUUAGUGACGGCUUCUUGGUAAGUAUAGGCAUAGCUAGUUAGAAUUUAGACAAUUUUAUUUUCUCAUUGUUUGUAAUGAUUUAUUGUGUAAGCCUUUUUAUGAUCGGUGAAGGAAUUCUCUUAUUCAA